AUGUUGCUCGACGUGUACGGACAUUUCAUUAUCGAAGUAAAUUGCCUAUCCGAAAACCACAGCAAUAUUUUGUACAAGUGCUUAUCAAGCGAUGAGUCUUUAAAGCAAAAUGAAAUGUACAAGCAUGUGAACAUAUCUGGAAGCCACAUAAAAAUAGAAUUGCAGAGCAACACGUGUGAGGAUAUAAGAUACAAAGCAAAAAAUAUUUACGACUAUUUGCAUUUUUUUUUCAAAACUAUCGAAACGUUUACCUGA